AUAUUUAUGGUCUAAAGAGUUACGGCCCUCCAUAAACUUAACAAGUCAUAUCAUAAUUUGUGUAGUGUUACGAUGCGUAAUAUUUGAGUGCUUCAAUAUUAAUAUCUCAAGUGUUUGUGCCAGUGACUGAAAAAAUAAGACUGAGCGUUGCUCACAAGUUCACGGGUCGUUAAUUCAGUGGAGGAGAGAAACCGAAAAAAAGAGGUCUUCGCGUCCGUUCAUCGGAGUGAUAAAAUUUAUGACAAACGGUAAAACCAAUGGUUGACUCAAUUGGGCCGAUUUGCACCACGCCAAAAACAUGAGACGGUGGCCGCGGGCACGGGAGAAGGGUGUGUCAGGAUGAGCAGGCGCGUGGGGCGGUGCGCGAGCGCUUGCGCGCGGCGGCGGCGGGAGGCGUGACGCGCAGGUGCGGCGCGUCCCGUCCGCGCCCGCGCCCGUCCCGCGCCCGCCCCGUGCGCGUGAUGCGAGCGGACCGCGCCGCGCUUCACGCGUGGCUCGUCUGCUGCGCGGCUGCGCUCUCCGCUCACAAGUACAGCACGCGCGUCGUGAGGACUAAGUAUGGCCCUCUGCGGGGAAUCGUCGUGCACUCGCAUCCGCAGGUCGAAGCUUAUCUUGGAGUGCCAUAUGCCACACCACCACUUGGUAGCCUUAGAUACAUGCCGCCGGUGACCCCAUCCCAGUGGCGCACGACUCGGCUGGCAGACGCGUCAGGCCCGGCGUGCCCUCAGGUGCCGCCCGCCGCGACGCCGCGCGAGGAGGCGCUACUGCUGCACCCGCGCGCGCGUAUCCGGCAGCUCGAGCGCCUGCUGCCACUGCUGGCCAAUCAGAGCGAGGAUUGUCUCUACGUCAACAUUUAUGUUCCUGUGAAUGGUGAAGGCGAGAGCGAGGGUGGAGGGCUGCCGUGCCUGGUGUUCGUACACGGGGAGUCAUACGAGUGGAGCUCGGGCAGCGCCUACGACGGAACCACGCUGGCGGCGCACGGCAACAUCAUUGUAGUCACUAUUAACUUUAGGUUAGGUGUAUUGGGUUUUUUAAAGACUGGUGCUAAGGGGUCGGCGCAGGGUAACUUCGGACUGAUGGACCUAGUGGCAGGCCUGCAUUGGCUGCGCGAGAACCUACCCGCGUUCGGUGGGGACCCGGAGCGGGUGACCCUCAUGGGCCACGGGACGGGUGCGGCGCUCGCCAACUUCCUCGCAGUCUCGCCUGUUGCUCGAGAGCUACUGAGGCGUGUCAUCUUGUUAAGCGGGUCGGGUCUCAGCUCAUGGGCAUUGCAGAGAGAGCCACUUACGAUAAAAAGAAAGGUGGCGGAGCAGACGGGUUGCCACGGCGACCUGCAGGAGGACGACCUGGCGCCGUGCCUGCGAAACAAGCCGCUGGCCGAGUUGCUCGCCGUGCGGCUCGAUCCGCCGCGCUUCCUGCCCGGCUUCGCACCCUUCGUCGACGGCACUGUUAUAGUCAAUCCGUCUUCCGCCCCUCCGCCCACCGACAGCACGCGGCUCGGCGUCGGCGCCGCCGCGGUGGCGUCCGCUGCCGGCCACGAGCUCGCCGACUUUCCGCAUAGGGAACUAUUGUUCGGCCUUACCACUACUGAAUCUUACCUGGAAUUCAACGCUCAAGACUUGGAGUUCGGUUUCAACGAAAGCCGCCGGGACCGCAUUCUGCGCACAUUCGUUAGGAACGCCUACUACUACCACCUUAACGAAAUAUAUUCCACUCUGAAGAAUGAGUACACGGAUUGGGAUAAACCUUUGCAAAACCCCCUCAGCGUCCGCGACGCUACGCUUGAGGUGCUUAGCGACGGGCGAACGGCGGCCCCACUUAUCAGGUUAGGGUACCUGCACGCUCUCCGCGGUGGAACCACUUAUUUUUCGCACUUUCACCACCUCUCGCCCGACAAGGAUUAUCCACAGCGUCCUGGUUCAGUGCACGGCGAGGAACUGCCUUACUACUUGGGUGUUCCACUGUCCUUGGCUCAUCACGCACAGAACUACACUCAACAGGAACAGCGAGUUUCACGUUUAUGCAUGCACUACAUCACCAACUUCGUUAAAUACGGUAAUCCGAACGACCCGACUGCUACCCCGCCACCUAGCCCACUGUUGGGCGAGACACCAAGACUUGGCCCCAACCAGACGCCUUACUGGGACACUUAUGACACCAUCAACCAACUCUACCUGGAGAUUAGUAGUAAACCUGAAAUGCGCAGCCAUUACCGGGGCCACAAGAUGUCGCUCUGGCUGUCCCUCAUCCCGCAACUGCACCGCCCCGGGCCCGACAUGCCGGAUGCCGCCAUGCGGCACCAUCAUUUUCAGGAAGAUCCUAAUUAUUACGAAGGCGCUGUCAGAGUGCAGUCUCUGUCUCGAACACAUGUGCCGCAUGUCGUGAAUCUGGAUGGAACUGGACGUGGCGACAGCGGCCGCAGCACAGCAUCGCCGCGCACGGUGCCUCCUCGGCCCUCCGUCCUCCCACCCGCACCUUCCACUGAGUGCCCCCCUAAUGUCACGACGACACCCGUCCAAACUGACGACGCUCUGUUGCGGCGACUCGCUUCUUCUCAUUAUCAGUCUUAUACUGCCGCUCUGACCGUCACAAUAGCAGUCGGGUGUUUCCUUCUACUUCUCAACGUUCUUAUAUUCGCUGGUAUAUAUCACCAGAGGGGUUCGCGUCCUCGGCGAUCAAAAGAUGAUUUGGCUGAAGCGGGAAGCUCAUCAUCUUCUGACAAUUAUGAUGGAAAACUCGACUAUGAAGUGCGCGCAUUUGAUGGGAAGGGUUUCGGUUUCGAGUGUAAAUCUGCUCACGUGCCACGAGCUACCGGGUCUAAGUUUGACCUGCGGACGUUAUCAGACUGCGGUGAGCCUACGUUUGGUGAAUACAGUUGCUACGACGAGAAACAUAGGGCGGCGCGUCGGUCGUUACCGGAUGUGAGUGUGGGGAGCGCGAUUGAAGCCGGUAGUGUAGUGUGUAUCGGUGUAGACACACAGAAACCUGAUAUUCAAAAAGUGGAUGGAAGACAAGAUCUUAUAGGUAGAACUAGCACUUUUGAACCUAGGGUAGUUGAUAGUUCUACACAAGUGAAGUUCGGUCCAGUACCCGACCCGUCGGAAGGGGCAUGCGAGUCCAACCCCGAGUCGGACUCGGGCGGUGCGAGCGGCUCGGGGAUCCUGCGCGUGCCUCCAGCACCCACGACUCCCGCGCCGCCCGGCAUCAUGAAGAAGAGAGUACAGAUUCAAGAGAUAUCAGUAUGAGGAUUUCUUGAUACCGCUGAGAUUGUUGUUAAUAAAAGGACUAAAUUAUAACGAACUCACGACCACUUCACGUGUAUAUUAGAAUACUGACAUGUGACAGAGUAAAGAAAUAUUGUAUAUAUUGAUACAGUAUUUAUAUUAGAUAAAUAAUAAAUGUGCGUACAGCGAAAUGGAGUUAGAGGAAUAUAUGUAUUUUUCUCUGCCUUAUGUGAAUCUGCGGCUGUAAAUAUGUAAGUAAUACUUCUUCUCUCUUCCGCUCUACUUGCUAUCGUAUAGAAGGUGUGGGAAUAGCUUAACAGUCUGUGUAGUUAACAGUACCUACAGUACUUAAUAACAAAAAUUCAAGCUACUUAAUAUAAUUUGACUGUUACUGCACUAUGACUGUUAUAUUAUUUCUACCCUUUACAUAUAGAAUGAAGGAAUUGUAGGUUCUUGUGAACGUAUUUGUAUGUAAAGUUAUAAAAUUUACAUGUGAAUAUAACAAUAACAGUAAUGAAGUGAUCUAAACUACUUAAAUUUGUACAUAUGGAUACAAGAAGUAUUUCGUGUAGUAUAUUAUAACUUUGAAUGUUGUAAUUUUUUGUAAAGUUACUUUAAGUGACUAUUACUUUGAGUAGUUUUUGAUAAGUAACAAUUGAAAAUUAAAAUGACAUACGGGUAAGUACUCAGAAGCACUAUUCAAGUUAACUAAACCAUAUGUUGACGCGAGGACUGUUCAAGUGUUCAUCUUAUUUAAACAAAACAAUGACUUCAAGGUAAACAGGGUACCAUUCUUUUAGGGUAAAA